GCUUUAUUGCUAAACAGCAAUCUCUUCCAGGCAACCUAUGGUGGAUGAGGAAUAAUAAUAUAGAUAAAUAUAGAAGGGUGCAAAAGUAAGAAUCCUUACAUAAAUAUUCAAGAGAAGCAAAGAAAUGGGAUGCUAAAUGAAUUUAAGAAACGGAAAGGAAAUAGCUUUUGACUUGAUCGCUAAAGGAUUAAGUGUACGAGCCUUUCUGAUUCCUUCAGGGAGAGAAUUCCACAGCCGAGCAGCGUGCACAGAAAAGGAAUAAGAAAAGAAGUCAAAAGAGUGACAGGGAAUUUCAAGAAGAAGGUUACAAGAGGAUCGCAGCGAGAACUGAGAAGAAGAGGAUAGAAAUAUUUGUAUAUUUUAGGCAUCGCUAUGAUGCCCUGCCCAAUAUUUGAAACGAUUCUAUGAAGACGUUAAUUUGAAUCGCAUUUCUUUGCGAAUGACAUAAGUAAACACAUAAAUAAAUGGGGAACGCUAAAAAGACUUUAAUAAUGUGUCAUCGAGAUAGAUUGAGUGACACGGAGCCACCGCGAGAAUUGGCCGGGUGCCACAGCUGUGUAGUGACAGGAGCCGAGUCGAGUCGUGACUCAGCGGUAUGUCACUAGGAACUCGCAGCGGCGGGCGCGGCGGCGGCGGCACGAUCGAUAGACACUGCACCCCUCCCCGCUUAGCCGUGCCCUGCACCCGGGCAACGCAGUCCCACCUCGCCUAGCGAAAAAACCCGAAAUAAACCAAACAACAACUCCAAAAAACCUAACAAAGCACAGUGCAUUACAACCAGCUAUUUAUUACUUAUACUUAUCGCAGUACUUAGUUCAAGGUCGGCGACGGUCGACGACCUCAUAACGUAAGAAGGAAACGUAGUAGUUUCGACCGGUGUUUUCGUGCAAAUUUUUUUUAUUUUUAAUUAUUACGCGCGCGGCAAGGCCGCCCGUGCUGUGCGCGGUGCAAAUGUCGGAGCUCGGGCAUUACGAAUGCGCGCGUGCUGUGAGCCAGUCCCGCGACCUAGGUUUCGCUAAUUGACUCAACUCACCUCGUGAUCUGGCGCGUGCGGCCAGGAUUGCAGCUAUGGCUUCCAAAGUGUUAGUGCCGACUGUUCCCUUUGCCAAAUUGCAAAUUAAAAAGUCACCGCCUGAACAGUCCGGGAGCGGUUUCGUCAUAGGAAGCGGCGAUGCCACGGCACGAGUGGCGCACCUGGAGCACAGCGUGCGGUUCCUGCAGGAGCAGCACAGGCAGAUGCUGAGCGGCUUGCACGCCGAGAUCGAAGCGCUCAGAGAGAGGAACAGAGAUCUGCAGUUCCAACUGAUAUUCAAUAAGGAAUCGACGCCUAAAACGACAACGCCUUCCCAAGAGGAAACCAAUGAGAACAGUGAGGAGGCCAACUUGAGACGGGAAGUGAGCCGGUUGGAACGUGAGGCAGCGGCCGCACGCAGCGAAGCUCGCGCUGCCGAGGCGCGAGCGCUGCAACUGCAGCGAGUGUUUGACGCGCAAGCUGAAAAGCUGCGCGAGCUGGAGUCGCGCACGUCCACAUGCUCGUGCGGCGCUCACGCUGCCGGUGGCACCGGCAUCACCGGCAUCACCGGCGCCGUGUCCCCGGGCGCGGCCGAGUCCGGCGCGGAGCUGCGCGCGCGCCUGCAGGAGGCGGAGCGGCUCGUGCGGCGCCUGCGCGCGGACGCGGACCGCCAGCGCAGAGAGGUACUGGCGGCGGCGGCGGGCGGCGCCGUCACUAACCUACUGUUUGACGGCGCGCACGCGAGGCACGCACACUUGCAGUGUAUGAAGAACUCGUUGCACGCCAGCCUGCGCGCGAGCGGGCUCGACGCCUACGGGUACCAGAACAACUACCACUUCCCUCCCGUACACACGCCCGAGUUCUGGCGGGAACCACUUAGAGAAGACUUCAACAUGGUGUCGUCUCGAGGACGAAGCACCAGACGGCCGCUUACGCUGCCCGAGCUGGCCGGCCAGCAGAUACACCGCUCCACCGUCUAUGCCAACAAUCAUACACGGUCGCGAGCGAACGGACACGAACACAAGACGAGAAAAGGACAAGGGCCCAGCGGGGAAGAUACUAAGAGUCCAGAAGAACAAACAGAAACUCACCGUUGUAGGCAUAAAUGCGCGAACGAAUUAACGAAAUCACCCCUCAGUCCGGUUUCGGACCAUAUUUCAAAGUACCCAGAGUUGAAAAUCGUGGUUACCAAACUGAUAUCACUAAGCGAGGCGCAUGCAGCGGGCGCGGGCGAGCGGCGCGCGAGGCGUGGCCAGGCGCGCCGCGCGCCCCCCGACCACACGUAAUGCGCGCCAACGCCAACACGCCAACACUCGCCCAACUAUUGUACUGUACACGCGGGAAACUAGAGCUAGCACUCGCUCCGGCUCCACGCUAAGCUGCCAAUGUUGGCUUACGUGUGGAUUGUACGCGAGCAUUGACACUAUACGCGCGGAAAACUAAGCCUGCUCCAUGCGUUGGCGAAUGUGCGGUUUGUACGCGAGCAUUACGCGUGGGAAACAGUGGCCAACACUCACGCCCGCUCCGCGCGUUGGUGCCGACGUUGGCUAAUGUGUGGAUUGCAGGCGAGCAUUACGCGCGGGAAACCGUUGCCAACACCCACGCCUUCUCCACGCGUUGGUGCCAACAUUAGCUAAUGUGUGGAUUUUACGCGGCAUUGGCGCUAUAUGCGCGGGAAAGUAGAGCCAUCACUCACGCCUGCUCCACGCGUUGGUACUAACGAUGGCGUAUGUGUGGAUUGUAUGCAAGCAUUGGCACUAUACGCGCGGGAACGUAGAGCCAAUACUCACGCUGGCUCCACGCGUUGGCGCCAACGUUGGCUUACGUGUGAACCAUAGACGAGCUUGGGCGCUAAAUUCCUUACGAACAAGUAUUAGAGCCAAUCGCUUGCCAACUCCACGCGUUGGUGCCAACAUUGAUACAAUAGAAAUGUAUCAAUAUCCUAAUAUUAACGCAGACGUCACACAAAAAUCGGUCUAACAAAAAUAAUCGUACACAUAUAUCGGUUUUAUAAAAACUUUAAUACCUAUUAAAAAUAAAACCAAAUUGAGAAUCUCCUUCGAAGUCAGUAAAAAAA